AUGAUCGAUUCCGGGUGGGACCUCAAGAAUGCAAAGGACUCGUCUGGCAAGACGGCGCUGCAUAGAGCGGCGCAGCUUGGGAACCAGCUGGCUAUCGAGAAGAUCCUCAAGGCGGGAGUGCCGAUCGAUCCUACCAAUGCUUGGGAGGAGACGCCGCUGCACCUCGCCACGCGCAACGGCAAGACCGCAGCGGUGAAGCAGCUCGUUGAGGCAGGCGCGAGCACUUCGCGCAAGACCUUUGGCGGUGACACGCCGCUUGCGCUGGCGACGAAGUACCGGAAGGCCGAUAUCGCUGAGUUUUUGUCCUCGAAGUAG